AUAUAUCCCGUGAGGACCAUCUGCAGCAUUUUGUGGUUAGUAUCACCUCUCCACACAUCCUCUGGCACCUCUUCAUCAGUGCAUCAGAGGCAGAGAAAACAUCUAACUGCACUCAGCCUAUUUCAAGGGUCCGGCGAAUCUGCGGACGGACACCCCCCAGCCCCCCGCCCCACCGCCCCGCCUUCGCCCCGUUGCGCACUGACGUCAGCGCGCACCGUCACCAUCCGCCUAUCCGCGCGCAGCAGCAGCAGCAGCAGCAGAAUCCCCCAGAAUCAGCCGCUCGACUCCCGGGAACUCAGCAACGAGACGCGGCCGUCCAGGAGCGACUCAACCGGCGUCUGGUCUGCAGAACUGGUCCCGGCCCCCCCGACCUCAACUCGUCCACUCGUCGCGCAGGUAUGGACCAAGCGGCGACCUCCUCCUCCUCCUCCUCCUCCUCGUCCAGUCCGCGCAGAUAUACUCAUGAAGAGUAUAAAGAGACUGCGGACUGGCUGCUGGCCCACACAGAGCAGCGUCCUAAAGUGGCCAUCAUCUGUGGCUCAGGACUGGGCAGUCUGGCCGAUCUGCUGGAGGACAAGACCGUCUUCCCUUAUAAGGACAUCCCACGUUUCCCCACCAGCACUGUGCCAGGUCAUGCCGGUCAGCUGGUGUUCGGGAAGCUGCAGGGCCGUGAGUGUGUCUGUAUGCAGGGGCGAUUCCACUUCUACGAGGGCUACGACAUACAAACGGUGACAUUCCCGGUGCGAGUCUUCUUCCUGCUGGGUGUGGAAACUCUGAUUGUGACGAACGCAGCCGGGGGACUCAACGACGCCUACAACGAGGGAGACAUCAUGCUCAUCAAGGAUCACAUCAACCUGCCAGGCUUCGCGGGGCAGAACCCGCUCUGUGGCCAGAACGAUGAGAGGUUUGGAGUGCGCUUCCCCUGCAUGUCGGAUGCGUAUGACCGCGAGUUGAGGGCUCUGGCCAGGCAAACGGCAGAGGAGCAAGGCUGCGGCGGCUUCCUGCAGGAGGGGGUUUACUGCAUGGUGGCUGGACCGUCAUACGAGACCAUUGCCGAGUGCAGACUUCUGCGUACGCUGGGGGCCGACACCGUGGGUAUGAGCACAGUCCCAGAGGUGCUGGUGGCUCGUCACUGUGGCCUGCGCGUCCUGGGUCUGUCCCUCAUCACCAACAUGACCGUGACAGAUUACGACAGCAACCAGAAGGCGAACCACGAGGAGGUGCUGCAGACCACCCGGAACCGAACCCAGGACCUCGAGCGGUUCGUCAGCAACCUCAUCGCCAAGAUCUAGUACUUCCUUUAUAGAAGCAAAUCGGCAAAAAAACUAAUAAAGAUUUCCGGCCUUGCAACUAAGUGAUUGGUGCUGGGGCAAAAUGUAGCUAAGAGAAAAAAGUUUAAAAUGUGUGUGCAGAUGGGGAACUGGGGUGAAUGGGUUAUUAGUUAUUACUGGGUAAAUAUUGUUAACCAUGGGACUGGGUGAGUACAAGAAAUUAAUAUUAUUAAUAUGGCAGAGAUAAUCUAAGGAGAGCAACAACUAACCAGUAAGCCAUUGGUUUUCAAAUCUUAAUCAAAUGUAAAGCUUGCUUUCAUUUGUUAUGAUUAGAACUUUUUGAUUUUGCACUGUCCAGGAUUAAAGUUUUAAGUCUGUUUCACUGACAGAUUUGCCUGUGGUGUGUAUGUGGUCAGAAAGCGAGCACCGCUGCACCAGUAACCGCAGCCGUCAAUGAUGUCAGGAUGUUCUGACACACCCUCCGCAGCAGUACAGUGAGAAAUUAAAACACUGCAGGCCGGCAAUACUAGUUUAAGGGCUGUUGGGUUGAUUUUUAAUAAUCAAUGGAUGACACAUUGGAUGUGACUCUUGAUAGGUUGUAACCAGGGGACCGUGAGGAAAUAUUAGCAGAUUUUUACAAAAAAGUGCAUUGGAUUAAAAUCGCCUACUGCCCCUUUAAUGGGUCUUAAAUCCUUGGAUGACAUUGUUGUGUGUUUGUGCUGCUCUUGACGUUGAUGUUUGCAGGACCAAAGAAAGCGACUCUUUACACAAGCGCAGUGACUCAACAUAUUGACAUCUUCUAAUCAGAGGCUAUAAAAUGUUUUAUUUCGAUCAAACUCAAGCUCAUUGGGACCAACUGGCUCCUACUUUCCUUUGUCCCGUAGUCAGUUGUUAAAACUGAUGCACAACAAAUACUUAUUUUAGCUAUAAAUCGGAAUAGGCUUAUUUUAAUUUUUAAAUUAUAUUUUUUAAGUGGACAAAUAUUUUAACCAUUUAAUAUAUUUAUUGAGUAAAAAUGUGAAAAUGUGAAAUGCCACUGGCGUGUCUAAAUUCUUGUCGGUUCUCAGAUAAAAGGAUCCGAGAGAAAAGGAAAGAUUUAGCUGAAUCAAACCCCAUCCGAUAUUUCAACGCUCUUGAUUUGAGUAAUACCACGGAUCAGUGGAUUUAUAUAGAAAUCUAAUCCAUCACUAAAAUAAUAUAUAUAUAACCUGAAAGGUUUUUGGAUCUGUUUUCUUUGCACAACCAUAGACCGUAGCACUGUAAUAUCCGGGCACCUGGUCGGUAGUUUUCAAUCUCCUCUGUGCUGAUCUGGAGCCUCCUGCCAGGUUCACUUGACCAUCUCAUUCGUUAGAGCUGGAAAAGGCUGCGGAGAUCCCGGAUCAGCGGUCCACCUCUCACACCAAUUUGUAUCAGGCUUAACAUCAAGAAGAUGCUGAUGGAGGUCCUAAUGGGGAAUUCCACUCAAAAUGUAAAAAUUUGGGAGCUGCUCCAUUUGCAGGAAAUGUGUCCUUUAACACACAGGGAGUUCAUUCUAAGGUGCUUGAUUUCUUUAUCUUACAAGUUCUGAAGAUAUAUAAUAACCCCCAAAAAAUGCCUUUGACUCAUUUGCUACUCAAAUGCUUUUCAUUUUCAUGUAUGGGCAUGAGACCACAUUUUGCAAUCUGUCUUGGUGUUAGUCUCUAUUCAUUGUAUAUGCUCUGUUCAAUCAUAUCCAGGUUACUUGCAAGAUGAGCUUCACUUUACAUUAAAAAACGAUACUGCUGUCAAAAUAAAAAAACUUUCAUACAA